CGCCACAGCGAUGGAGCGGCGCUAAACCCUCACAGUCCCGGUGCUGCAGGACAAAUAUCAGUCUUUUUCUCUCGUUUCUGAGAACUACAGCAGUGACGAAAUCGUGCAACAAGAUUAAAAAUCAAUCCGAUUAUAAAAACCAUGAAAGUCGGCCGCUAUCACAGCCGCAGAAGCGCUUUGACGGACAGCUAUUAAGAAUCUGGUUAUUGACAGAAGAUGAGCUCUCAGCAGUUUCCUAGAGCACCGUUGCCACCUUCAGGGGUUGCCCAAGGCCCUGCACCCACGGGCAACAACAGCCUCAUGCAAGGAAGCCAACCAGGUGGUGAAGAAGGCAACAGAGAGGCAGAUCAUCCUCAGGACCCUCUGCCCACUGGCAGCGCUGGUGGAGGGGCUUUACCAUUCCGGGAUGAGAAGCAAGAGACUGUAGUGGUCAGGCCCUAUCCUCAAGUGCAGGCUUUGGGCCCGCCUUCAGCCUUGCCCCAGCAUGUGCCUAUCCAGCCCAGCCCCACAGUCACUGUUGCUGCUCCACCAGCCCACCUGACCCAGCCCCAGCAGCCUGCCUUCACCGAGGGAGCAGUGAAGGCUUGCCUGAAGCCCCCAGUACCCAGUCGACUUAUUGCCCCUGCUCCAGCUGCUAGUCAAGGGCACAUUCCAGGACAAGCAAAGGUUCCUGGACAUAUUACUGUUACCCUGGAGAGCAGUAUGGCUCCAGCCUCCAUCCCUGUGGCUACCAUCAGUGGUCAGCAGGGACAAAGUAACCUGCACCACCACCUCAUGGCUACCAACGUGCAGAUCAUCAGGAGCAGUACCCCUGCACUGCAGAUUGGAUCUCCAGCUGCUCCCCCUCACACAUUCACCUCCCACCUGCCCCGAGGCGCAGCUGCUGCAGCUGUCAUGUCAAGCACCAAAGGCCCUACUGUUCUGAGACCUGCUUGUGGAGCUAAUGCAGGCCCGGGCCAGCCCACAGCCGUACAGCACAUCAUCCACCAGUCUAUUCAGUCUCGACCUACAGCCACCACAUCCACUGCUGUCCUGCCCACUGUGGUCGCCCCUAUUUCAGCAGCUAGAACCCAGUCCCCGGUCAUCAGCCCUCCAGUUACCCAUGCAGCAGAGAUAGUACAUGGGCGAACUGGCCUUGCCAUCCACCCUCCUUCCCCUGCUACCCUCAGUAUCCAGCGGCCUUCAACCCCGAGAGACUCCACACGCAUUACACUGCCCUCGCAUCCUGCCAUGGGUGCCCAGAAAGCCCAGCCUCCUCACACUAUGACACAGAAGCCUAUUUUCAGCACUGUGACUCCUGUUGCUGCAGCAACCGUUGCCCCCAUCCUAGCUACUAAUACUGUCCCAUCGACUACCACAACAGGCUCUGCACCCCACACCCAGAUGACCAGCAAUACCAUUGUCACCAUGACAGUGGCUUCCCACUCCUCCCAUGCUACAGCUGUGACCAGCUCUGCUAUUCCUGUUGCUAAAGUGGUCCCUCAGCCAAUUGCCCACACUUCCCCUCGGAUUCAGUCGGAGUACUCUGGAGAGAGAACCAGCCUGAUCCCCAUCUCUGGCCACCGCUCCUCACCAAACCCUGUUGCCAUGGAGGCCCGCAGUGACAACAGGCCAUCAGUGCCCGUUCAGUUCCAGUACUUUUUACCCACUUACCCCUCAUCUGCUUACCCGCUGACACACACCUACACCCCCAUUACCAGCUCUGUGUCCACCAUUCGACCCUACCCAGUCACAGCACAGACUCCGACCUCAGCUCUUCCUGCCCAGGCUGGUGUGGGUGUGGCCACCACUGUGCAUUUGAACCCCAUGCAGCUAAUGGCUGUGGAUCGCAUCGGACUGCAGUCUGCACAGAUUAGCACCCAGAAUAUCCAACCAGCUUCCAUGACUGCCCAAGGCAUUCAGCCUGCACCCAUUGGAGUGCAGGGCCUGCAUGCCACCACACCAAUUAGCACACAGGGGAUCCAGCAGGCACCAGUUGCUGCACAGCAGCCACAGCCAGAAGCAAAACCAUCAGCAGGUGUAGUUCUGGCUGAGAGCACUGCAUUUGUGACAAACCCCAUCGGCAGCACAUUCAGCGCUACGCAGACUGUCACCACUGUUGUUCAGACGCACCCACAGGGGGCAGGAUCAGGUGCACCUACGCUAGUCUCCUCCCCCAGACCCAGCAUCCUCCGUAAGAAGCCUGUGAAUGAGGGGGCUGUGCGUAAAAGUCUCAUCCCAGCGCAGCCGAACGAGCCUAAUUCUGGGAGAGUGGAUAGUGGCGUAAGACUGGCGGGAUCCCCACGACCAGCAGGAGUGAAGCCUAAAUCUGAUGUCCAUGUCGCCAUGACGCCUCCUGUGAUGGCUGCGGUGGAGGCACUGCCCACUCAUGGAGGCGAGCAGCAGCCCUUACCAACUCCUGCCCAGCACUUAUCGCAGGCCAUUCCCACUCUGCUGGCCCCUGUUCCACCGCCCCCUUCCCAGCCAGCUGCAGUUCUGUCUGCCCUGCCUGCAGCCAUGGCUGUCACUCCUCCUGUGCCUGCCUCAAUGGCCAAUGCUGUCGCAUCCCCUACUCAGCCAGCAGCCAGUAGCACAGCAGCCCUUAGCUCCGCUCUCUCGGAAGUCAAAGUCAAGCAGGAGGCGGAGUCUAUGGAAACAUCGCAGCCAGCACUCUCCAUCCCCUCAUCAACUGCCCCAGCUUCAGGUUUCUCCUCCCAGGCCUCGGGCCUCACUGUGCCCCCUCAGCCUGGGGACCUCCUGCCCGGGGCCUCCCCACGGAAGAAGCCCCGCAAGCAGCAGCAUGUUAUCUCCACAGAGGAGAGUGAGAUGAUGGAGACAAACAGCACGGAUGAGGAGAGGGCCAGCGGCAGACCCACUGGCAACAAGGCAGAAAGACAAGAGUCACCUCCCAGGGAAUAUGUGGAUGAAGAGGGUGUGCGCUAUGUGCCAGUUCGCCCAAGACCACCCAUCACACUCCUACGCCACUAUCGGAACCCAUGGAAAGCUGCCUACCAUCAUUUCCAGAGGUACAGCGACAUUAGAGUCAAAGAGGAGAAGAAGAAUUCUCUCCAAGAUGUGGCCAGUCAGAGAGGAGUUGCGUGUCGUGCUCAGGGCUGGAAGGUGCAUCUGUGUGCUGCCCAGCUCAUGCAGUUGACCAAUCUGGAGCAUGAUGUGUACAGUCGCCUCACCACUCUGCAGGAAGGGCUCAUCCCAAAGAAAAGAGCAGGAGCUGAUGAUGACCUGCACCGUAUCAAUGAACUAAUUCAGGGUAACAUGCAGCGCUGCAAACUGGUGAUGGAUCAGGUGACAGAGGCGAGGGACACUAUGAUGAAAGUGCUGGACCAUAAAGACAGAGUUCUCAAGCUGCUCAACAAGAAUGGCACUGCCAAGAAGAGCUCCAAGUUAAAGCGCAAAGAGCGGACCUAGAUGUGACAGGAGCUCUCUCCUGCUUCUUUUCUUUCUCUCUCUGUUUAUGCACCAGUAAGGUCAAACGGAAAUAUUUGGUCUGGCAUUUGGACCAGUCAUGUUUUUUUCAGGUUGCUGUGCACAAUCACCCAGUCUGUCACCUCAUUUAUAUUCUUUUGAGCAGAGAAGGAGGUUCUAAACACUUUGCCCCCCUAAGACCACAAACUGAACUCACAGAAACUGCUUACCCACAGGAACUGCUGCUUACUGAAGACUAAUGUCUGCUUACGUGGGUAUUAAACAGCCCAGUUAGUCCGGCUCAUGUUUUUGGUUCUUUUUUUUUCUCCCUUUUAGUUUGGAUUUUAAGGUGUUAAGUUGCCUUACAUUUUCAUUUUGUAGUUGUAGUGGAGUAGCAUUUGCCAUAGUGGACGAAGUCUCACACACUCGUAUUUGUUGAUCCAUCAUGUCACAAAAUGAAAAUCACUGGAGUCCAAGACUGUACUUUUCACUUUAAAAUGUGACAAGCCAACUGAAGAAAAGUAUGUGCGGGUAUGAAUCUUGGUAUGCAGCACACAAACACGCUACAACAGUGUGUAUACUGUCCAAGUUUCAGUGCCUUCUGUCAUGAGUGUAACUGUGGAAUUUGUGUGUUUGCAUUUAACACUCUUGAAGAAGCAAACGAGUUUAAGGUCUGUUUGGGAAAAUAUCCCCAAAUUUUCAGCCCAGAUUUUAAAUUUAGUGGUAAACUGUAGCCCUGCAAACAUCCGUUCUGUACAUUUUUUUUUCUCUUCACUUAGUAAGCUGAUAGUAAUCGGAUGCGCUGGAGAACAGCUGGUGGUGAUACAUAAGGAGGUUGAGUUUGUACUUGAAAGAGAACAAUAUAAUUGUGUAAUGAGAAUGUGGAUUGUUUUACCUUUCAGCCUCAGAAUAAGAUUGUUGUGUAAAUGCGAUUGACUUGGUGUUGACCGUAAGUCCUUUUUUGUGUUCUCCGAGACCAUUUUUGUGCCCUGUUAACGUGGCUCUUCUUUUACAGGUUGAUUGUAAGUGAAUGUUGUGGUAAACUGGGUUUAAGGAAUAAUUUUGACUCUUUUGUACAUUUGUUUUUUUUUCUUUUCGUUUUUUCUGUAUACUAUUAUGUGCUAUUGCAGUAAAAGAAAACUAUACUAUA